AUGCGUUCUGACCGAGACGCCGUCAAAACGUCGCGCGUAUCGGCAGUAGGAGACUUCGGCUGGAUGGAAGACGGAAGAAAUGGCGGUAGGAAUUCUUUGUGGACACGCAUAAAGGAGGACCCUAUUGUACCUCUGGGGUGUACAUUGACCACAGCUGUGCUGCUGGGCGGGCUGGUGACAUUUCAGCGAGGCUAUUCUAAACUAGGCAACAAGUUUAUGCAGGCUCGUGUUGUGUUACAAGCAUCCACUGUAUUUGCGCUGGCAGGUGCGACCGCGCUGAGUGCUGGAGAGAAGCAAGAGCAAAAAAAAUUAAAGUACGAGGAUCGUUUGGAGAUCAAGCUUCGAGACGAGUAG